UCUCUCUCUCUCUCUCUCUCUGUUCAAUCUCGAUGCUGCAAAAUGCUUCGUCUUUUUCUGCAUCGAUAUCCCAAUCUCUUUUCAAUCGCGAGCGACCGGUGUUUGCGACCGAAGCAACUGAGUCUGAUCCACGACAAGGUUCCUAAAACCCUAGACCCAUCGUUUUCAGAUUUCACCAUCUCCUACCUCGUGGGAUCCUGCGGCCUUUCGCCGGGGGCGGCCCUCUCCGUCGCCAAAAACUUUUCUUUCAAAACCAAGGCCACCACCAGAAGCGCCGAUUCCCUCCUCUCCCUCCUUAGAUCUCAUGGCUGCACCCAAAGCCAAAUUGCAGAUAUUGUCACCAGGUACCCUCCGUUGCUCACCUUCAAUCCGGAGAAGAUUAUUAAGCCCAAGUUGGAGUUUUUCAUCGGUAUUGGAUACUCCGGAGACGACGUCGUUAAGCUCAUUACCUCGGACAUAUACAUUCUGAAAACCAGCUUGGAAAAGCGAAUCAGACCCAACUAUGAUAUGCUCAAGGGCAUCCUCGGCUCCCAUACGGAAGUCGCCAUUGCUAUUGGUAACUCAUCUCGACUUCUCCGGCAGAAUUUGGACAGGUAUAUGCUUCCCAACAUAAAGACCUUGAAGGAUCUUGGAGUUCCGGAGAGCAGGAUCGUUAAAUUGGCCACUCUUUAUCCGAGGUCAUUGUUGAAAGAUCCUGCCCAGUUCAACAAAACUGUUGACUUGCUAAAGAAAAUGGGCUUUGAUGUCUCUAAGACUGUGUUUACCUUGGGAGUCAAUGUUCUCUCUGUGUUGUGUAAGGCCACCUGGGACCGAAAAUUCCAGCUUUAUCUAAGCUUAGGAUGGUCUGAUGAUGAUAUCUUAACUGCAUUCAAGAAGCAUCCCUUCUGCAUGCUUUUGUCGGAUGAGAAGAUCAAGCAUAAUUUUGGUUUCUUUGCUAAGGAGCUUCAAUGGUCGCCUUCCUUUGUGGCAGCACGGCCUGUUUUGCUUUUUUUCAGUUUUGAGAACACAAUUACCCCAAGAUAUAAGGUUUUCCGGAUUUUAGAAUCCAAUGGCCUGAUAAGAAGGAACGGUGGUUUCUCCACUCUCCUGUGGUUGCCUAAGAAGAAAUUCUUAAAUCAGUGUGUGAUCAAGUUUGCUGAUCAAUUUCCGGAGUUACUAGAACUUUACAAAGAUAAGUUACAAUUGUCCAGAAUUGGGGCAGAUAGUUAAGUGUCCAAUCAAAGUUGUCUGUUGUAUUCAAUGAACAUGAUUUUCAAGUGCUCUAGUGUUCCCUGUAUUUUGCAAGAAAUUAUUAGGUGAGGACACCGGACAGAGAGAAUCAUCCCGACUUCUCUCUGUCUAUAGUAAAAGCGCAUCUGCUACAGUAAUUGUUUUUUUACUAUAGA